AUGGGCGCCUCGCGGGCCGAGGGGGCGGGGAAAUUGUCCAAUGAGCCUCUCCGCGACGCGGAUGACGAGGGCGUGCGCGGCACUUGCGAAGAUGCUUCUCUGUGCAAGAGGUUUGCAGUAAGCAUUGGCUACUGGCAGGACCCUUACAUCCAGCAUUUGGUGAGACUGUCUAAAGAGAGGAAGGCCCCCGAAAUUAACAGAGGAUAUUUUGCUCGAGUCCAUGGCGUCAGUCAGCUUCUAAAGGCAUUUCUACGGAAGACAGAAUGUAAUUGUCAAAUUCUGACCCUUGGGGCUGGGAUGGAUACCACCUUCUGGAGGUUAAAGGAUGAAGAUCUUCCACCAAGUAAAUAUUUUGAAAUUGACUUUCCAGUGAUAGUCACGCGAAAGCUGCACAGCAUCAAGUUUGCAGUAAGCAUUGGCUACUGGCAGGACCCUUACAUCCAGCAUUUGGUGAGACUGUCUAAAGAGAGGAAGGCCCCCGAAAUUAACAGAGGAUAUUUUGCUCGAGUCCAUGGCGUCAGUCAGCUUCUAAAGGCAUUUCUACGGAAGACAGAAUGUAAUUGUCAAAUUCUGACCCUUGGGGCUGGGAUGGAUACCACCUUCUGGAGGUUAAAGGAUGAAGAUCUUCCACCAAGUAAAUAUUUUGAAAUUGACUUUCCAGUGAUAGUCACGCGAAAGCUGCACAGCAUCAAGUUUGCAGUAAGCAUUGGCUACUGGCAGGACCCUUACAUCCAGCAUUUGGUGAGACUGUCUAAAGAGAGGAAGGCCCCCGAAAUUAACAGAGGAUAUUUUGCUCGAGUCCAUGGCGUCAGGCAGCUUCUAAAGGCAUUUCUACGGAAGACAGAAUGUAACUGUCAAAUUCUGACCCUUGGGGCUGGGAUGGAUACCACCUUCUGGAGGUUAAAGGAUGAAGAUCUUCCACCAAGUAAAUAUUUUGAAAUUGACUUUCCAAUGAUAGUCAGGCGAAAGCUGCACAGCAUCAAGGAAGUGUGGCUUUGGCCGGAAGCAAGAGCCUGGUGGCAUUCCGAACCAGCCCCUGGUGGACAGCAGGUCUGAGUGCAGGACACCUCAUUUGUAGACAGUUGUCAAAAUGCACGGAUCAAGAGGGAUGCGUGUCAACAUGUGUACAUUUUGCCUCCAUUUUCUUCUGAAGAUAUUUAUGUAUGUAUUUAUGUAUUUAUGUAUUUCUUUAUUUUGGCUUCCUUAUGUUGGGUCUCCACUGCUGUGCACAGGCUUUCCCUAGUUGCGGUGAGCGGGGCUGCUCUUUGUUGCAGGGCAAGAGUUUCUCAUUGCGGUGGCUUCUCUUCUUGCUGAGCACGGGCUCCAGGCGGGCAGGCUUCAGUAGCUGUGGCACUGUGAGCUCAGAAGUUGUGGCUCGGGGGGCUCUAGAGCGCAGGCUCAGUCAUUGUGGCACUGGGCUUCAUUGUUCCUGCGCAAGUGGCAUCUUCCCGGCACAGGGCUUGAACCCGUGUCCCCUGCCUUGGCAGGUGGAGUCUUAACCACUGCGCCGCCAGGGAAGCCCUUGCCUCGAUUUUUUUUUAAGAAAAAAAAAGAUGGUUGCCGGAAACUCACAAGCUGCAGGACAGUGUGUGCUGUGUGAUGCCGCUGAGUCAAAAAAGUCAAAGGCAAUUAAAUAUAUUUUACUUCUAUUUGAAUAGUAUUACUCUAGUACCGCUUUGCUUUUAUUAAUGAAAAUCUACCUUGAAUAUCAUUCCAUAUCAAAAAACAAGUCAGAAGCAAGGUGUGUUUUCUGCGAACAGGCGCUCGGAGAUGGACCCUUCAGAGCGGCUGCGAUGGCGGCCGCGUCCGGGGGGCCGGGGUGGUGGGGGCACUGGGAGAAUCACGGAAGCAGAGGAGACGGGCCCAC